CGAUGAUAGGGAUCUAAAUCAAUACCCUUCUUUGUUAGUAACUCAAUUCCAAUUAGUUGAUUAUGGAGAUGUGGCCUACUGGCUAAGUGGAGACAAGGUAUCUAACAAAACCCUCUUUGAUCAAGCUACCGGCAUCCGCCUAAAGAGGGUUAGUUGAUCAGGAAAAGGAAUAUAUUCCAUACUUUCGGCCGCCCACCCCUAAGUUCUUCACUUUCUGAUCCGUUUUUGCACUUUUAGGUUUGUGUACCAAUGACUUUUGGACUUAGUAGCCAAGGAGUAGUGCCUUUGGACGGCUAGGAAAGCUCUGAAUUGUGCUGGCCUAAACCUAAGCUAAUUCCUGGUUGUUGGCGCCUUAUUUCCAUUAAAGCCUUCGAGGAACAUCGACUCUUUACGCUAUUUCCACCCCGACCAAUGCAACUUUGCGUAUAAAUGCAGCGGUGUGGAUUCCUGCAUCCUUCAAUUACCAUUGCACCCUUCUUUUAGUAGGAAGGAAAGAAAAGGGCAAAUCUCUUCCCUUUGGGCAAACGGUGAAUAAAUGAGGGCAUUGUAGUCAUCUGGUGGGAACCCAGGAGCCAGUCCAAUGUCAUCUUUGCCUUUUAGGUUGCUUAGCCCACAUGAUAUGCUCUUUUAUGGCAUAUUCAUGCUUCCUAUAUUUCCAUGCCAUGUGACAGUAGAGAAGAAGGGAACCUUGUGAGUAUUGAGAGAGCCAAUGGAAGAACAAGUUGAUUUGGUCGGGAAGGCAUUCGUGGAUCAUUUUUACCAUCUUUUCGACAAUGAUCGGCCUGCACUCUCUUCGCUCUACCAGCCUACCUCCAUGUUGACGUUCGAGGGUCAGAAGAUACAAGGGGUUGACGACAUCACUGCCAAGCUCAACCAGUUGCCAUUCGAUCAAUGCCGACAUGAGAUCAGCACCAUCGAUUCACAACCUUGUUCUUUCACCGGUGGCAUUGUGGUUUUUGUCAGUGGCAGCCUCCAAUUGCCAGGCGAGGAGCACCAUUUGCGGUUCAGCCAGAUGUUUCAUUUAAUCCCCAUGCUUCAAGGAAGCUUCUUCGUGCAGAACGACAUAUUCCGGCUUAAUUAUGGUUGAAUUCUUUUCACUUUCCCCCAUUCGAUCAUUUGUAUUGUAAACUCAUCUCGAUCACCAAUGAUUUCUUGAAUAAAAAGAAAACCCAAGUUACCUUGCCUCGCACUUCUUUCACUCUCCAACUCCUUUUCUCUGAUAGAGAAGCAGCAGUUUGCAGUCGUCAAGCGUGCCUACUGAUACUAUUUCAUUCACCAGGAAUCCUCCUCAAUCCCUUGUGUGCAUAACCAGAACAGUUACGAAACGCACAAAAAUUGGUCCCUGGAAGCUUUGAAAGCUCCUUGGGCCAUGUUUUAAUUCAAUUGUUCCUGUAGGCCAUUACGAAUUAGGUUUGGGUUAUGAUUAAAACCCCAUAUCUGGUUCAAAAUGGCAGCCAUGGACAUGUAGCCCAUUGUACUGCUAAAAUCAAAAGAUAUCGUAGAAGAAACAUCAUGAUGAAAUGCAAAUAUAUCCUUUUGCAAGUUGAAGCAAAAGUACCAUAUAAAACCAAAUACUAUUGUAAAUUAUUCCAAGAUUAUCUAGUAAACAAUGUUGGGUUACCCAUAAUUUUAUUUGGAAAAUGGAUACAAAGUUUGUGCAGGCUAGUUAGAGGAAUGAUUUGGAUGUGCUGUGGGUGGACAUCACGUUGCUAAAAGAGAGAGAAAAGAGGGGAAAAAGGAAAAAGUGCAUAAGAAAGAGUGGAAGAUAAAGGUGAGUCGGUGAAUCAAUGACUCGCAAAUGUUGAAGGAAGAUCGAUGAGUGGCGAUGUUCAUGUUCUAAAAUUACUUUAUGGGGUUCUGUUUGUGGUGAAUUUCUGCUCGAUCAUGAUGGCUCCCAUUGUUUUUAAGGAGGAUAGAAAAUCCCCCACUUGGAUCUUAAAGUGCCAGACAGCGGCACCAUGAUCCCUUUGCUUUUCUUUUUUCUAGACUUGUCUUGCUUGAUGGAUCCAUUCAGAGCUCUAGAAUCCCAUUAGCCAUUAAAUU